AUGAAUACUUGUUUUCAUUCCCUGGAUAACAUAACACCCUGGAGAGAUGACUGGAGAAUAAGAGUCAGGAUUAACAGGGUAUGGUCUGCUUCAUAUGGUGCUCGAACAAGAGAUGACAAUCUGAUACACAUGGUGUUAAUGGAUGAUAAGUUAACAAAAAUUGAAGCAACUAUCACACAGUCUCUAAUUCCAUAUUUUAAUGAAGUUCUAGAAGAAGGUGAUGUUUAUGUGAUUGCACAUUUUACUGUGGUUCCAAACUCUGGGUUAACUAGGUUGACAAAGCACCGCUUUAGGAUUAUUUUCCAUAGCAAAACAAUUGUUGUACCAACCAUGUCUAUUGGUAUGCCCAAUGCUGCAUUUAAGUUUACUUCAAUCGAUGAAGUAGUUGAGAAGAGAUGUAAUGAAGAUUUCUUGAUAGAUUUCAUUGGGUUCAUAGUUGGCGUACGUCAAGAAGCUGAUAUUGGUUCAGAUGGGGAAAGAAUGAAAGUUAUAAUCUUGGAAGUUGUUUCAGACGGGAAGAAGAAGAUACAGUGUAAUCUUAUUGAAAGAUCGUGUGAGGUAUUUGAUUUGUCUAUGUUAAGAAAAUAUCAAAGACCACCAGUUGUGGUGCUAGAGGCUUUCAAGAUUAAAGUCUUUGGAGAUUAUGUGUGCCUGCAAAAUGUGAUUAAUAUUUCUACAGUUCUUAUAAAUCCUGAUAUAUACGAAAGUGUGGAGUUUCUUAGCAGAUUUAAUGUUGCAUGUUACGAGUUUUCAAUAUUUAUUCCCAUUGUAUCUGGUUAUCUAAUAGCCAGUGUUGGUGAUGAUUCCGUUGACUGGAGAGCUAUUCGGUCUAUUGAUCAACUAAAGAAAAACUGUCAGGAUGGAAUUUUCUAUGUUAUGGGAACAAUUACAGAGGUUGUUGAUGAUUCAAAUUGGUGGUACCAUUCCUGUGUUUGUGGAAAUGCUGUUGUUGCCGAUGAUAAUAGUUAUCAUUGUGAUAUUUGUGACUCAUGUGUGGAGCAUGUGGUUUUAAAGUAUAGAAUAACUGUCAUUGUUGAUGAUGGAACAUCAUCUGCAGCAUUCGCACUUGUUGAUAAUGCUGCAACAAAGUUAUUUGGGAAAACCUGUGCUGAAGCUUUCUUGCAUAUGGAGAAAGAAUUACACCUAGAUUGGAGUGAUAUUUCAAGGGUUGAUCAAUCUAGCAGGGUUCCCCUAUUCCAUCGAAUUAUUGGAACUAAGAUAGUGUUCAAAGUUAAGAUGCACAGUGUUUUCGGACCACAUUAUUCUGAUCAAUUCAAAGUUGUUAACCUCUUUGGUGAUGUAGCUGAACCAUGUUUGCCUGUUCAAAGUCUUAAUGAAUCACUGAAAAUCCUUGUUGGCACUAUUUCGUAUGUCUUUGAGGAUCAUGAGUGGUGGUUAGCGACUUGUUUAUGUGGUUCAGCUGUUUCGGUUGUGAAUGGUUCACCCUAUUGUGUAAUGUGCCAAAUUGACUGUGUUGACACUAUACCAAAGUACUCAUUGAAGGUAAUCGUGUCUUAUAGAACUAGAAAUAAUAUCUUAGUCCUUGGAGAUUCUUUGGUUGCACGAAUUUUGAUGAAAAAAUGUGCAACUCUGCUGGAAGAAAAUCCAAUUUCAGGACAGACUUUGGACAAGAAGAUUGUUCCACAGGAUAUUAUUUCUCAUCUAAUCGAAAAAAAAUUUGCAUUCAUUGUUGAUCCCAGGAUUGUUGGAUAUGAGCUGAACAUGGGUGUUUAUAUUGUAAGAGAUUUCACAGAUGAAAGUUGUAUUGUUACUCUUUUGGAAAGUGUUACUCAGAUAACUGAUUAA